AUGGUAGCGGAUCCAAAAGAAACAUCACGUAUCCAUGUUGGACACCCCAAAUGCGGAUCUACUUUUUGGAUCCGUCCGGGGGUCUGGGUUAUGGAACAGUGUGUUGCUCGUUAUGUGGAGCUCUGUGGACCCAAGUAUAAGGCUACGCUGCGCACAGCGGAUACGCCUUUCCUUGACGAGUCGAGACCGGAGUUCGAUGUCAAUCCGGAUCGACCCGCGGUGAACCGCCUCUUGGGCCACCCGGCCGAUGCGCCUGUGCCUCCCGGCAAGGGCGUCUUGGGUGACUGCGCGGCCGCCGUGCUGAUGAACAUUUUGUAUGGCGCUCGCAUGGGGCGAUACGAUCUUAUUCGUCCUGUGCAGGCGCUUGCCAGUCUCAUUACCAAUGGGAUGGCUUAUGCGAUAAGAAGCUCCAUCGCCUGGUGUGUUAUAUCAAUUCGACGCUCGAUCUUAACCUGUAUGGUUGGAUUGGUGAUGCGCCUGAUGCUGGAGCUCGUGCUCUACUGCGAUGCCGAUCUUGCGGGUGACCGCACCGAUUCUAAGAGCACCUCUGGUGUCUUUAUGUGUCUCCUUGGACUUCGUAGCUUUAUGCCGCUUAAUGCGUUGUCCAAGAAGCAAACUUCGGUGUCGAAAUCUACCCCUGAGGCCGAGAUUGUGUCCCUUGACCAUGCCGUUUACAAGUUAGGCCUACCUGCUCUCUCCAUGUGGGAGUAUAUGUUGGGCCGUCGAUUUCGGUUGCGGGUUAUGGAGGAUAAUGAGGCCGCUAUCAGGGUCAUCAUCACUGGUCAUAAUCCCAAUAUGCGUCACAUGUCUCGUACCCAGCGUAUCGAUAUUUCGGCGUUGAAUGAACGCUAUCACGCUGGGGAUGUCAUGUUUGUGACAUGUCCCUCUCAGUUUGAGGCCGGUGAUAUCCUCACCAAAGCCUGCACCGAUGCAAAGGUCUGGGGCCGCAAUCUUAUGUCUAUUGGUCAUUUUCGAAAGGGUACUCUCAUCUCCUCCGGAAUGCUUUCUGCCGCUCCCGCUCUUCCUGCCCUCCCCUCUGUCUGUCCAACCAGGGGGGUACAUCUUGAAACCGGUCGCAGUCCCUUUAAUGAAUUCAUCCUCGACAGGUCUCGCCAGGGGGGUAUUGCGAUUGACGAUGUUCACCAAUUUGGAGCAGCGAUCAAAUGUAUCCAUAUCGGGAGCGAGGGUACUGUUAGACUCCCUCAUGCUCGAAGUAUCAAUCUCAGUCUUGAUGAUAACGCCAAAGGGAUUGCUAUUUCGAACAUCAGGGUUCCUCCCACGCCCGCGGUAUGUGUUGUCACUGUUCCAAUUGCUGCUGGUAUGAACAAAAGCGAUGCGGGAUUCAAGAACAGGGGUUGGAAAGAAAUGAGGGGUGAUCUGAAGGAGAAAGGCUGGGAGGCAAAGAAGCUACUUGGGUGUGCCUCCGCAGCACGAUCAUCAGGGAUCCCUCUCUUCCUUGUGUUGCCGAAAGGAAACCCACUUUGGGGAAGGGAGUAUCUGAGGCGUUGGUCUGAGUCACAUGAGCUUAGUCCUGUCAAGUUGUGUUCGUGUUCCUCUGGUCGAUGUUCGCAGCAUGCAUGGCUUUGUGAGAUUUUCAUGCCUGCCCGCUUUGGGCCUGUUUUCAUGAAGCAAUUUGCAUGCAACCAUAACAAAGCCAAAAGGGCUGACCCGAAUGAGCUGCGAUUUGCGUUGUGGGCGGUGCUUGAACACUUUAUGAACUCUGCGAUGUUUGGCUCACAGCAAUCCGCGAUGCCGAUUGCUUAA